UGCCAUUUUUGAUGAGCUCAACUGCUGAGGGGAAGAAGCUAUUUUUGUGGUGUGUGGUUCUGGUCUUGAAUGACUUCAGUGUCUCGCUGGAGUGUAGUGCUUUGAACGGUCUGUGUCCAGCAUGGGAAGGGUUAAGUCAUAAAUGGACCUGAACCUGUUUAUGAUACCCUGAGUGCAAACCCUGUGGGAACCUGAGGUAUUGGAACCAGACAUAUACCCUACAGGUGAAGAAUUAAAGUCCUUUUCUGAUCAUUUAGCCUCUGGGAGGAAAAUCGGUUGGAUUCAACAUUAUAAGACUAGAGAUUACUUAUCCUUUAAAUGUUUGAAUUAAACUAUGAGGCGGCUGCACUUUUAAAAUUCAGUUUUCACAGUAACAUUAACCAGAACGUUCUUGCCUCUUCUCAUCCGCAUGUUGGGCAGGGAGACGCGGUCGGGAGUUUCUGUCCUGCGUAUAUAUAUGUUCGUCAUGCUCCGUCCUCAUCGAUUCGCUGUGGGACCUGACGCCACGUAAAUUGGAGAGUAAGCGCGCCCUCGUGUGGCCACAGUCAGAUAACCGGGUGGAACGAAUCGUCGAAAUCUCUGUAUUGAAAAGCUUGCACCUCGAGCACACGGAGAUAUAAAUAAUGUAUUAAUUACACUGUUCACUGGAACUAAAUAAAAGAAGUCAUAGAGAUAUAAACAGAGUUAGUGAGAGAGAUGGUGAGAGAACAGGGGAUGUUUUAAGGCAGUAAAUGGCUACCCAGGCUCUCUCUCCAUCUGUGGGGUCAGAGGGCACUCCAUUAGAAGCUUACUGCAUGAGCCUGAUGCGUUAAAUUGGCGGGCUGCAGUUACAGUGUCUCAGGUGACAGCCCCCCCAUCACUCCAAGCAAGGGGCACCAUUAUGGCUGUUUUUAUGAAGUUCUGGAUGGAUUUGUGUCCCUGGGUGACUGAGGGUCCCCGGUCCCUCAAAAUCACUCACACUCAGAGACUGUGGUCGGAUUACAUUUCAAACACGCACCUCCUCUUUUUAAAUGAAAUUUUAAAUGAUAAAAUAUUAAUUUAGCAGCUUGUUGUUGUACUUUACAGCUGAGUCAAAUGGAAAAGGAAAUGAUCCUAGGAGAGAGGAGAGCUGAAGUGUAAGGUGGGUCACAUGGGCCACCCCUAACCCUAACCCUAUUUUUUUUUUAACCGUGAGAGUCACCAGCACCAUGCAAGGCCGAGCCUCGCCGCACUCAUCGAUUAAACGCUGGCACAUCCUCCGCAUGCAGACUAUGAAGUGUCGAGUGUUUCCAUGCGCGCCAUGAUGGAAUGUUCUACCCCCUUUGACCCUUAGCCUCAGCUCGCCCUACCUGAAGACACCCCGUUCCCUCUCGAACUUCUGAGACGUGAAGGAGGGCGGUGUUUUGCAGGGCCUGGACUGUGCAGGUGUGGGCCGGGGGGGGAUUCAUUUUCAACUGCACUUAACGAGAAAAAAAAAUAAAUAAAAAAUAAUCCGCAGUUCAGAUGAAAGAGUAAAGCUUUUGAAAUAUAAGAAAAUGAGAGUGUUCUCGUUCUUGACAUGUAGAACGUCUUAAAAGUGCCUCUCACUUCAGAUUGGUGGCAUCCUUUUCAGAGUAAGUACAUAGUUCUGUCUCAGCAUUAGCUCUAGUCAGACGACUUAUUCACCUGUGACUGGCACAGAGCGACUAAGGCGUGCUGCGGCUCCUCCCUCCUCCCCGACACAGAUUAGCUCGACCUUGUGUAGCACUGCCCCCUUCCCAUAACAGAGAAGCUCCUUGGUCCACUCUUAAGCCCCCUACAAGGCUCAGUGCCUGCUGGACGAACCUCUCCUGUAUUGGGUGACUCGCCUCUGCUGCCCCUGCUGCCCGCUGGUGUUUUGUUGCGCGAAGUGGGGGCAGCGUAAGGGUGCCGGUGCUGGUGGAGGGGGAGCGCGGUGCGUGAGAGCCUCAUAUCCAAUGUCACAAAGACCCAGAGCACAAGAGGGGCACAGAAGGAGGCUGCUGCCUUGGCUGGGUCCAACAGGACCCCAUACAUUAGCAUCUCCUCAGAUUUCAAGCCACCCAAAUCCCCAACGCCAGCCCCCCGAUUGGCCGGGUGGCACAGCGCUACCGGAACGCCAUGACAUCAAAAGCGUCGAUUCGGGGUAUCUUUGCCCUUCAGUGUGCUGUUACGUGAUGGACAGGCGAUAAAUAGCUCAGCGCAGAGGUAAGUCGGCAUGUGAGUAAAUAUCUCGCUGCGUUCCCGUGACUAAAGCGCAUUGGAUUCCGGAGUGCAUUGGCUCAGAUACGGCGUCAAACACCAAAGCUCAGCUGGUGCGACGUGGAACGAGAUCCGAGUUUUUAUUGGAAAGCUUUUCGCUGUUUGUGGAUUUCCUAACUGGUUUUGACACGUUUGUAUAUUUACAAAGUAAAUUGACUUUUUUUUAAAACAGAAGGUUUUGCAAGGAAAUUAUGUCUUAGUGCUAAGGGGUUACGUCUCAUUUUGUACAUUUCGUAAAAUAAGUGAUACACAUGCAGAGGGUGAGUGACCCUGUGGGUUUUGGGGACAGAACAUUGCAGGCAGUGGAAACUUGGGAGCUGCUGAAAUAAAUCAUUGCUUGGGUUGAUGGUCUGGAGUGAGGGGCUGAACCGUGAGGAUACCUGUGAAAGGUUUUCUGAGGAUAAACCUGGGAGCCUUCAAGUUAGCAACCAAUGUAAUGAAAAAUGAUCUUAAUUAUGAAUAUUUAAGAACUAUGUCUGUACAUACGCUUAUAUUUAUGUUAACGGCAUAUUGUGUAAAAGUGCAUUGAUUUCUGGUGCCGUGCUUCAGGAUCUCAGAAUGAGGACGCUCACUUGCCAGCUUGUCUUCCUCACCUCCGUGGUAUUCCUGCUGGUUCUCAUGUUGCCCGGGGCCAUCCCCAAAGGCCCACAGCGGCCCAAGUACCAGUUCACCAAGAAACCUCCCAGUGUCCCGGAGCCGCUACGGACCACCACCACAGGAAUCAGCGGGCUGUGGACCAAAGUGACCCCCCGUCCGACACCCGCUCUGACAACCGCAGUCAGCACGACGCCUCUCUACACUGAACUCUACAUCGACACUGCAGCACCACCCGAUGUUGUAAAUGAGAACUACACCCUGGACUACAACGAAUGCUACUUCAACUUCUGUGAAUGCUGUCCCCCAGAAAGAGGGCCCCAAGGUCUGAAGGGGGACAGAGGCUUACCAGGGCCACCUGGAGGGAAGGGGGACGUUGGACCCAGGGGGCCGGCCGGACCUCAGGGCCCGUCCGGAUCGACUGGACCGAAAGGAGACAAGGGUGACAGAGGGGACCAAGGUACCACUGGCCUAGCUGGAAUUCCCGGCCUCUUGGGGAAGCCGGGAGAGAAAGGUGAUACCGGCUCCAAGGGUGAGAAAGGAGAUGCCGGCUUUCCAGGAUUCAAAGGGGACCGAGGCGAGAAUGGAGACCCCUGUGAAAAUGGGACUAAAGGUGAAAAAGGAGACCCUGGGAAAGAUGGUGCAACUGGACCCCAGGGCCUGGCUGGAGACAAGGGUGAGAAAGGUGACUCGGGGGACAAAGGGCAGUGCGGGCCUUAUGGGGAAAAGGGACAGAAGGGGGAACCGGGGGACCCUGGGCUGCAGGGUCCGGAUGCAGCUGGAGGCUACCUGGGCAAGGCUGGUGGGCAGGGCCCCCCUGGUGAGCCAGGACCUUCUGGGGAAGCAGGAGCACCAGGUAAAAAAGGGGAAGUGGGUCCACGUGGUCCUCCGGGUCCCAUCGGCGCUCGGGGGUUUGUCGGACCAAAAGGAGACAGAGGCUCCCCGGGGCUGAGGGGGGAGCGGGGGCUGCGGGGUUUUAAGGGGGCCCGGGGAGCAAACCUGGUCCUGAAACGAUCCGGCUUCAGCGUGGGCCUGUACCCUAGCAAGUCCUUUCCUCCGGCCGGCUUCCCGGUCAAGUUCGACAAGGUCUUUUACAAUGGCGAGGAGCAUUACGACGUCACCAGCAGCAAGUUCAAUUGCACCUACCCGGGCGUCUAUGUCUUCGCUUACCACAUCACCGUACGCAACCGGCCCCUACGUGCAGCCCUGCUGGUCAACGGCGUCAAGAAGGUGCGAACGAGGGACUCGCUGUACGGACAAGACAUCGACCAGGCCUCCAGUCUGGUGCUGCUCCAGCUGGCAGCUGGGGACCAGGUCUGGGUGGAGACACUAAGAGACUGGAAUGGGGUUUACUCCAGCAGUGAGGAUGACAGCAUCUUCACGGGAUUCCUGCUCUACCCCGACAAGGUCUGACCUCUCUGCUCUAUACCGCACGGCUUUAGACAGCAGCAUCAUUCCAAAGACGAGGGUCCUUAUUACACUGCAGAAAAACAGGCAGCCUUUUCUGUACAGAUGUUUAACGUAAGAUGAUCUCAUGUAAAGGGUCUUAUCACGCAG